ACGAAAGCCGGUCUUGCUGUUCCGUGAAUUGAAUGCGACCAAAACCCCACACCCCUUUUUCUCUCCAUUUCUCAUAUUUUUCUCAAUCUCUCUUUUCCCUACAAAUACCAGAAUGCUCCGCAAUCUUUCCUUGCGCCUCUCUUCUCUUCCUUUCCCCUUCCCAUUUCUUCCAUUCUCGAUUCCUACAAACAAUUUUCUAUAACCCUUCCAAGAAUCCACCAACUGGGUGUUCCUCGUUUCUGGUUCUUUCGACCUUAAACACCCCUUUUCUCAGAAUUCUCUCCAGGGUAAUCUAGAACUUGGAGGAUUAAAUUUCUCCAUGGGAGAAGCCCCAGCCUUCUUUGCUCAUGAUUUGAAGGAGGGAUUUCUGAAUGGAUUCAGUUUAAAAUCCAAAGGUUGUGAAACAGCCACUGUCAUCGGCAAUAAAACAUAUCUGGUUGAUGGAAGCUGCGAUGAAUUGCUGUUGUCCUUUCAAGUUCAAGUAUUUGAUCAUUCCAAAGGAACGCGGAACAAUCCAGUUGUUUUGGGAACAAUACCGAACUCAUGUAAAGGGCAUUCAGCAAUAGCUUUAAAUGAAGACCGCAUAUUGUUUAUUAAGGGUGGAUCCCCCUUAGAGGAUUCUUUUUGGUUUCUUGAGGUGGAUACUCCAUAUGUUCAAGAACAGAGAAAAUCUUUGGGUUGUGAAGUUGUUGCUUGGAGUAAAGGUGUGAGGGGAACUGUGGCGAAGCCGAUUGUUGUUAGUGGUCCUUCUGGAGUGGGCAAGGGUACUCUUAUAUCAAUGCUCAUGAAAGAAUUUCCAUCCUUAUUCGGAUUCUCUGUUAGCCACACAACCCGUGCUCCGAGGAACAUGGAGAAAGAUGGCCUCCAUUACCAUUUCACAGAACGAAGCCUUAUGGAGAAGGACAUAAAAGAGGGGAAAUUUCUUGAGUUUGCUUCAGUUCAUGGAAACCUCUAUGGAACUAGUGUUGAGGCAGUUGAAGUGGUAGCAGAUGCCGGAAAAAGAUGCAUUCUUGACAUUGAUGUUCAAGGUGCGAGGUCUGUGAGGGCUAGUUCUCUGGACGCAAUAUUCAUCUUCAUCUGUCCACCUUCAAUGGCUGAACUCGAGAAGCGCCUUCGUGCUAGAGGAACUGAAACCGAAGAACAAAUCCUCAAACGAUUGCGAAAUGCCGAGGCAGAGAUCAAGGAAGGAGAAUCAUCUGGUAUAUUUGAUCACUUCUUGUACAAUGAUAACCUUGAAGAGUGCUAUAAGAGUCUAAAGAAACUCUUGGGGAUCGAUGAGAGUGUCAACACUUGCACGAAAUCAAUUCCAGAAGAUUUGGACCUUCCUCCAAUUGUCCAUUCAGUAUCAAGGAUUGAUAACAAAAUUAUAAUAACGUACCGAACUUCAGACCUCGAUAAUGAAACUCGGAAGAUGAUUGUGUUGGAUCUAUCCUCACUCAAAGGCGGAGCACCUGGCCGGACAAGAGGGCUGGAGGCUUAUGCAAUUGACUCGGUUACAAACGGCUCGGCUAUGAUCAAUCAGCCUAGCUAACGACUACUCCACCUAUGAUGAUUUACACUGCUAACUUGUUACCCUUUUACAGAUGAUGGCAAAGAGACGAUGGUGCAUUCCCUAAUGAGCACAUUAAUUCGAGACGACUUAACUAGUCUGAUUUUUCCCGGUCUUACCUUUUGUUUCGGUUUAAAAGUUUAGGAAGAGAAAUGACUCGAAGCAAUGUUUGAAAGAUCGAGACGAUUAUUAUUAUUUCUUACAUUACAUGGCUGUGAGAAUGUGAUCUGUGAUUUUUCUGCGGCAAAUUGACUCAUCAUUUAUCCAAAACUAAUUUUUCUUGCUUGUUAGAAA